CACCGGGGGAGGGGUGGGGGUUGAGGAUGAGGAUGGAAGGUGGGGAGGAGAUGCAGGGCGCCGUGGGGCUGCGCCGCGCCUGGGACAUCGCGCCACCCGCUGGCACCCCGGCCAAGUGGGUGAGGCUCAAUGUGGGGGGCACCGUCUUCCUCACCACCAGGCAGACCCUGUGUCGGGAGCAGAAAUCUUUCCUGUGUCGCUUGUGCCAGGGCGAGGAGCUGCAGUCGGACCGGGAUGAGACUGGCGCAUACCUAAUAGACCGGGACCCCACUUACUUUGGACCCAUUCUGAACUUCCUCCGUCAUGGAAAGCUGGUCCUGGAUAAAGAUAUGGCUGAAGAGGGGGUUCUAGAAGAAGCUGAGUUCUAUAACAUUGGUCCUUUAAUCCGAAUAAUCAAGGACCGGCUGGAGGAGAAGGACUACACCAUAACUCAGGUGCCUCCUAAGCAUGUCUACCGUGUGCUACAGUGCCAGGAAGAGGAGCUCACUCAGAUGGUGUCCACUAUGUCAGAUGGAUGGAGUUUUGAGCAGCUUGUGAACAUUGGCUCAUCCUAUAACUAUGGGAAUGAGGAUCAAACAGAGUUCCUGUGUGUGGUCUCCAAAGAGCUGUACAAUUCCCCCAAUGGCCUGAGCUCGGAGCCCAGCCAGAAAGCCAAGAGCACAGAGGAGGACCUGGAGGAGGAAGAGCAGGAGGUGGAGGACGAAGCAGAAGCGGAGGAGAAAGGUAUGUUACCUGUCUGCACUCUCAGCUCCUGCCAGCCUGAGCUCUGCAUGAGUGACUCACUUUCCUCUUGUGGCUGUUGCAAGCCAGAGGUCUGAGGAUGUGCUUGUGACACUCUGCUUCAGCCUUUUUGUUUCUUCUUUAUAUCUUUAUUUUUGUACUGCAGUGUAUGGCAGCCCCUUGCACCACAGUAGCACCCUCCAGCCCCCCCUCACUUUUCAGAUGCAGCCACUGUUUUUUAACAGACCCACCUCGGAGGUCUGGAGGAGAGCAGAUGCUCCGUGGAGUCCCUAAGCUACCGCAGGUGCUGGAGCUGACAGGCCCUUCCCGUUCCUAGCACGCUGGCUUUCCUUAAUGUCACAGUGGCCCCUGCUGGGGACAUCUGUGAUCAGCCACUGCAGCCUGCGGUCCCUUCCUCAGCGCCCUGGGUGCGACUGGGGCCCUGGCAGGCAGCGCCUGCUGCGGAAGGAACAGUCCUUGGCCCUUCGGCUGUUGGAGGCAGCUGGUCUGGUCUUGUGGUCAGAGGGGAAGUGCAGAGCCUCUGCCCACUUCUGGGCAGCCUGCACUGCUGGUGAGGUGUCCCUGUGCUGGCUAUCAUGCUCCUUGGUGCCAGCCUUCUUGUCCCCCUGAGCAGCCCUGCGUCGGCAGGGUGAGGAGGACACACAAAUGCAGCCCUGGUACCAGGAACAUGCUGGCACCUGCUGUCGUGUCAGGUACCAGCAGAAGACCCUUGUCUUGGGGAGCAGGGCACUUGCUUCACUGCUGUGUCUGAGGACACUGGGUUGUAACUUCUCAAUAAAAUUCACAGUCUGUUCCUCCUUGCAGCCUCUCAUUUCAAGUGGCAGAAAUUUGGUGCUGGUAGAAGGGGGUGGGAGCUGAAGAGGAGUUUGGAUUCAUCACGUGGAGCCACCAGUAGCUGCUUGUGUUGUGCCUGUCUUUUAGAGGCUUGAGGAACU